AUGGAGGCGUGUCGGGCGGCGCUGCAGGCCGUCGCCGCCUCGGUUGCGGACGUCGAAGGCUGCUAUGCCGCAUGGAACGCGCGCUCGUUUGGGUGGGAGUAUGGGCCGGCGUUUUCCAGCGGCGCGCCACGGCCUGAUGCGUGGACCGCGGUGGCCGACGGCCGGACGCUCCACAUCGCGCCCGAGGCGUACGCACGCGCCGAGCUCCCGAUCCGAGCAGAGGGCGCGCUCGAGGAGGCGGCACGGCCGCUCGCAGGCCUGAGCUCGUUCAAGAACACUGUGCAUGCGGAGCUCCGCUUUCUCGACCGCGUCGAGGCGGGCGCGACGUCGGAAAGUGUAUCGAAUGCUACGUUCCUGAUCGCGUACUGGGCCGAAGUGCUGCAUGCGCUGCUAUUGCAUGGGCCGCUCCUUGCGCUGAACGUGGCCAAGGAUAUCGGAUCGCGGCGCACGGUGCGUAUCUCCAUCGCAGCGCACGGCCGCUGGAUCCGCCUCGUCCCACUCCGCCUCGACGCACUGCGUGCCGAGUUCCGCGAGGUCGACUCGAUGCUGGACCUGGACGACCUGCCGCACGAUGACGAGGCCGUUGGUAUGUCGAGUAUUGUGCGUGUCGCCAACGACGUCGUGUCUGCGGCGAGGAACGACGUGGCACAGCCGGCUGUGGAGCUCGUCCUUACACGCCUUGAGCCGCUCGACGCCCCUACGGCGCCCGCCGUGACGGAGCGUGCGUACUGGACCUCGCCAGAAGAGGUCCGUCUCGCAUGGCGCCUCCGUGCGAUUGUCGCCGAGGUCGAGGCGCUCGGCGUGCACGUCCGCUUCGGCACGCGCCCUCUGCCAAAGAGCUCCGCGACGCUCCAAGGCACGCCGUACCCGCUGUUUCCGCAUCCGUCGCCGCUCCGCCCAUUGAGUGCUUCGAGUACCUUGAAUCUCGACGUGAGCGCUCUCAUUGCGCUUGCAAGCGAUAUUGCGCAUAUGCCGCUCGAGCAGGAUGCGGAGCACCGUAUUGAAACUCAUCCCAAUCGGGCGCUAGGCGAGCAGUACACACAUGAAGGCCAGUCGCAGCUCCUUCAGUGCAUGAGCGAUGCACUGCGUGCGCCAACGAAACUCGUUGCCACGGGCGAGUCAAUCGCCAAGUUUUCCUCCAUCGUUUCCAUGUUGGGGUCGCCGGACGAGAAAGGGCGUGCACACGCGCUCUUGCAGGGUGAUGCGUCUUCCUUUUUUCAGCAUUCACGAUGGCGUGACACGCCCAUUGCGUCCAUCCUUCAGUUUCCCGUGCACGAUGCAGACGCUUUUGCAUGGAGCGGCACGUUUGAGGACGACGCGGCCGCGCGUAUGCAGGCCCAGCGCCUGGCCGAGGCACUUCAGACAGCCUCCAGUGCGCCGACACGCGCCAAGACGCUCGCAUCCUCGCCGCAUACCGCCCACUCGCUUGCAUUGGGCCUCGCACAGAACGUGACGACGCUUACGUCGCAUGCCAACGCCGUCACCCAGCUCGCGGCGUGCAGUGCACGCGUCGCAGUGGCAGACUUUACUGUCCCACCAUCGCAUGCUGCCGUAUGGCUCAUACGUCCCCGCUCGUUCUGUGGCGAGGUAACUUCGGCUGCCGUCACGCCUGAAACGUCGACAUUGCUUGGCACGGCACCAGAGCGAUCGAGUGACGCGCAGGAUGCACGCGACCGACUAAAGGUGCAUGCGGCGCCGCCCAUUGCAAACGCGUUGCCGCAGGACCUUUCCCCACUUCCGUACGGCGAGACGCCUGUCGGCGCGACGUCCGAGUCGCCUCCCUCGCCAGGCUCGAGCUCCGAUUCGUCCAUUGGCCUGGCGGCGCCGCGGACGAGGUGGGGCAAGAUCUGGCGAUGGGCGCUUGGGCCCCCAGUCUCGACACUCGCGCCGAUCCGGCACUAUCCCUGGUGGCCAUUUGCGCGUGUCGAAUCCACGUUUCAGCGCUGGACAGCCCCGUUGUCCUGGCAAGCACCUCCGCCUGCCCAUUUGCCACGGUGGUACGCCGACGAAGCUGAGACGUACGAGCUGCUGCCGGCGGCCAUGUCGCGUGAGCGGCCGCCGCAGCGGGGUGCAAUGUGGCUCGGCAAGGUCCAAUCGGCGCUGUGGCACAAUCGCAUUCACUAUGCCGUCCUCGUCGCGAUCCUCCUCGCAUGGCUCUUUUCGUUUGCGAAUCUCGUUGACCGCAACUGGUUCCGCACCAAGGUGUUGACCGAGCAUGGCUGGAGCGCGCCGCAGUAUCUCGACUGCACGUCGACUUUCUGGCUGCGGAACGAGCAGUGCGGCCUGGACGGUGCACAGUGUGCGCCAUUUAUCGGCAUGCCACAGACAUUCCGGUGCCCCAGCGACUGUGCGUCGACGACGCUCCUAAAUCCGCGCACGGUCGGUGAUGAGCAGUACAACUACAAGCCCUUGGUCGUCGGUGGUGGUGCGCACAAUGCUACGGCCAUGACGCCGUACCGCGCCGAUUCGUUUGUGUGCGCCGCAGCGCAGCACGCCGGUGUCAUUUCCGCGAACGGCGGCUGUGGUAGGCUGCGCAUGACUGGCGCGUAUGCCAACUUUACCGCGAGCUCGGCCAAUGGGAUCGACAGUUUCCCGUUCCUCAGCCCAUUUCCCUCCUCGUUCGUGCUGGAAAAGAUCGGUGGAGAGCGCGACUGCGAGGAUACGCGGUGGAAGACGUACGUGCUAAAUGCUGUCAUGACGGCGCUGGUUGGCAUCGUCGUGCGGCCGCAGCCCAUUGUGCUGCUCUACAUUCUCUCCAUCGUCGGGUUCUGGCAUGUGAACCUCGUGUCGGAGCUGCGCGACUUUCCGCCGCCCGUCGGUGCUGCUGCCGGCGACUUUGGGCCGCACCUGUUCGUGACAUACGCCGCCUGGCGCAUUGCGUUCCGGUACGUGUGGCCGGCCUUUUCGCAUGUCCCGAUCGAGUUUGGCGUCGGGACGCUGGGGCUGUGGUGGAUCGGAGUGCUGCUUGACGUGGUCUUUAAGAACGUGCCGCUGCAGCGUCUCGAGGCGCACGAUAUCAUGCAGCAGCCCGGCGGCCUGGCGUCGCUGAUCGUUGUCAUCAUUGUCGUGGUGUGCGUGGCGAUCAACCAAGUUCGUGUGAUCCGCGCGGCGGGGUGCCUGCCCAAGUACCUCACCUUGUACAUUAUUGCGGGGAUUGCCAUUGGUCUGUGUGCCGCCGUGCCCGGCGAAGGCGUGCGUCUGCACCACUAUGUGAUCGGCAUUGCGCUCCUUCCGGCUUGUGGCUUCCCUACGCGUAUUUCGCUACUGUGCUGUGCCCUACUCUUUGGCAUGUAUACCAACGGCGUUGCGCGCUGGGGCUUCGAUGGCCUCAUCCAGGACGUCGGCGUCAUUCAGGGCGAUGCGACAGGAGACUCGGCGCUCCCGUCCUUUGGCGCACCGGCCAUGACCGGCUCAACGGUGCACUGGAACGCGAUUCCGUCGAACGAGCGCUUGAGCUGGGACUCGGUCGUGCUGCUCGUCGACGACGUGGUGCGGUACGAAGGCACCGCGACGCAGUACGACCUGCAGUCGCUCUAUGCCGAGUACAACACGACCGACGCGGUGGACCCUGCCGAGAUUGCAUCCGGUGACCUACUCCAUGCUGUAGAGGCUGCUCCGCACUAUCUGCGCCUCGGCUACAGCCGCGGCGGCACCGCGGGCGACUUUACCAAACCGGCUCUGGCCUGGCUAAAUGGGACCAUCUCCACCAUGACCGACGACGGGGGUGAGAGCUGUGAGGAGCUGCUGAACCUGCUACACCAGCGCUUGGUGGCGACAGGCGAGUGGAACACACUCCUAGCCCAGCUGCGGCGUAUGCUGGAGGAAAACGAGUGGGACGCACAGCUGCGCGAACAGGCGGAACAAACACUGCCGCAGCCCGUGCGUGACGCAAUCACAGCCAAGCUCCGCGACUUUCUCGACCGGAACCUGGAGGAUGCUUAG